UCGGAGAGAAAAUUUACCCUUAAAAUGUAUUUCUGCAAACGUGUUCGGGAAUUAUUUGUCAUACUUCUCGUCAUUGAAUCCUCUUUGUGUGACGUGAAUGAACCUCGAUGUUACAGCCGGUUUGACUACGACGAGAAAAUGAUGGAGAAAUUGGUUAGAACUGAGAUCAAGAUGGAGGAACUUCUCGGUAAAUUAGAAGAUCUGGAGAAGAGACACAACAACAUUGCAACUGAGGUGGACAAUUCAGUAAAGGAAAUACACGAUCUGGGAAAGAAACAUGGCGAUUUGAAAACCGAACUGGACAAUUCAGUGAAGGAAAUACACGAUCUGGGAAAGAAACACGACGAUUUGAAAAUCGAACUGGACAAUUCAAAGGCUGCCGUGGAAACAUUUGAAAACAUGACAAAGUCUGAUAUUGACGGCCUUGAAAAAUCCAUCGAGAUGAACGAUCAACGUCUCGAUGCUAUGUACACAAAUAUUACAGAGAGUAAGCUCCAAGCUUCCGUCGCCUUCUUCACCAGACCUCUAUCACAUAUUACAACAUCUAGCGGACAAACGCUAGUGUUCGACUUCGUGACCACAGACGUUGGCGGCGGUUACAGCCCGGGGACAGGCGUGUUCACCGCCCCAGCAGACGGUCUCUACGUGUUCUCCAUCACUGUAAUGGUUCAAAUGUCCUCGUCGGGGUCUUCAGCUAAUUUUUCUUUAAAGAAGAACGACAUUCCUGUAAUGUGGCUUUAUGCAAACGACAAGGAUAGUGUUUACGAGACGCCUUCGGGAACUGGCCUUCUCUCCCUGCAGGUUGGGGACACAGUUCACGUUACGUGUGAAACUAGUGGACGGUUUAUUCAUGGCUCAUUCACGUUUUUCUCCGGUUUCAAGCUGUAGUUUGUUUAGAAACUUACAUUUUGCGCAUUGUAGUGCUCUCAUAUAUAAAUACAUGCAAGACUUAUAUGGACACUGGUUGUUUAAUUGUAGUCAGGAACAAAGUGUAAACCUGAGACCCCAUUGUCACUGAAACGCCAUUACGACUUACGAAUACAACAUUUAAGAUGAUCAGUGUCGAUGCCUUAUUGGUUGUUCAAUAAAAUGAGAGAGAAAAAAAUGAAUAUAUUUAAUUAACAACAGAAUAACAAUGAUAAAGAUUUCAUUUUGUUUUCAGGUAUCGUAUGUUUAGAAAGUUUGCAA